AUGAAUUUUAUGCUCGAGAGUGUCAUAAACGACCUGUGUGAUGAAACAACUAAUCCUUCACCUCCACCUGGUUUGCCUGCUGAGCCACCCGCCUCCCCUCAGCCAGCAGCAGACAGUGCCAUUGAGGAACUGGAGUUGGAAGAGAUGAAUUUUAUGCUGGAGAGUCUCAUAAACGAACUGUGCGUUGAAACAGCCAAUCCUUCACCUCCACCUGCUUUGCCUGCUGUGCCACCCGCCUCCCCUCAGCCAGCUGCAGAGAGUCCUCCUGCAAUUGUGCAACAAUUUCCCCCAAUUACUGCUCCCCCCACCACAGUGCCAGCUCACCUCUAUAGUCAGCCGGUGACAGGUAGCCAGGAACAGAACCUGCUAUAUCAUUGGCCUGUGACCAGCAUUCCCAUAGCAGCCACUGCUCCUCCUGCUGCUCCUGUUCUCCCUGCUGCUCCUUCUCUCCCUGCUGCUCCUGCAAACCCAAAUAACAACAUACUGCAGAUUCCAGACAGCAUGUUGCCAUACCUGCGUCCUGUCAGUGUAUUGAACGGUGUGUUGGUGUGCGACUUCAUUCCACCCUGUCCUGCAGUCAACACACCCACUCCAAAAAAGAGGAAGCGUCAGGACGAGCAGGAAGAGCAGCAUAUCAAGAAGCCACCAAACGCAUUCAUGAUUUUUCUGAAGGAGCAGAGGGCAAAGGUUAAAGCAGAUAUGAACAUCAGUGGGAAUGCCACCCUUAAUGCAGUCAUGGGAGAGAGGUGGAAAUCGCUGUCGUCGGACCAGCAGGCAAAGUACUAUGAGCAGGCUGAUCAAGAGAGAAGGCUCCAUGCCCAAAAAUACCCAGACUGGUCUGCCAAAGUUAACUACGGCAAAAAGAGGAGGGGAAGGCGCAGCUCCACCUGCAGCUCAGUGUCUGCAUCUGAACCGGGAGCCAUUCGACCCCUUUAAACCGUUGCCACUGCAGUGCUGUCACUUCUGUCUGAUCCCUUAGUCUACUUGAUGUAUAAUUUUCUGCUGCUCCUGCUCUCCCUGCUGCUCCUGCCCAUUAUUUCCCCCCUCAGACCCCUGCAGACCUGUCCCCAUUCACCUCUAUCCACUUCUAUCCU